AUGUCCACCUCAAAAUCUUCAAGCAAGCUAAAAUCCCUUGAAACCAACUCUCAUAUUGACAUGGGGUUUACGAUACUGCAAAGGAACACCUCCAUUCCUCAACCAACAGAAAGAAGAGGCAGGAAAAAGGAGGCGGAGCCAGGGCGGUUCCUCGGUGUCAGGCGGCGGCCAUGGGGCAGGUACGCGGCGGAGAUAAGAGACCCGACCACCAAAGAAAGGCAUUGGCUUGGAACAUUUGACACUGCCCAAGAAGCUGCCCUUGCCUAUGAUAGGGCUGCCCUUUCCAUGAAGGGUACCCAAGCAAGAACUAACUUCAUCUACGCUACUGAUCAUGAUAACACCAAUUUCCACUCGCUCAUCUCCCCUCUUGAUGUACAAACCUUAUUCCAGCCGGCACAACUCUUCAAUACACCACCUGCUCAUCACCAAGCUACUUCCACUAAACAACCAAUCAACCCUACUGUUCUCCCCCAGAACCCCGACCAAUCAGGUCUUGACACCUGCUACCAGUCCUCCAUUGAUGAUCACCGUAACUUCUUCAUGAGUGAAGGUGACAACUCUGGUUACCUUGGCUGCAUUGUACCUGAUGACUACUUAAACCCUAGAAGCAAUCAUGGCAACAACGUAGAUAUAAGUCCUGGUGAUCCAACAGGUCAAUGUUCAUACUGGGAUCAAAGCAACCAACUUUUCCCUUCUAACGAAGGAGAGGUGUAUGGUGAUAUAUGGGGUGGCAGUGAAAGUUCAUGGGAGACGAUGAACGGUUACGACCUGUCAGCAAUCGUGAACUACCCGACGCCAUCUUUGAUGGACGACGAGGAAGCGUCCAUGACCGGUUUAUACGAUUCAAACCCAAGCUACGACUUAAUGGCUGGUGCUAGUAGCAAUGUGACCAACAGUUCACCUAGGACUAGCUGCUCUUAUAGUGACAUAGUUGGCAUCCGAUACUCUCUUUGA